AUGAAUACCCCUCAGCGGUCUUCGGAAGCGGGACCAAGUCGAUCCAAGCCAUCUACUCCAAGAAAAAUUAUACAUGCAAAUGGUAGCAUACCCUCAACACCAGCUCAGAAUAAUGAUGAAGGUGACAAUCCUCGAACGGACCUGAGUGCAAUCAAUUCCACACCGGGAGGUGCAGGUGGCGGAGAUGGAGAAGGGGAAGAAGAUGGUGAUGAGGAGAGAAUGGAUAUCAAGUUGAUACAGAGUUUUGCAGAUAAAAUCCAACAUUUACCUUCAACCUCCGAGACUGAUGGAAUCACCUCCCGAAGCAAGAUUAUCAUUCCUCGAAGGGGCGAGAAAGAUUUCGAACCAUUAUCGGAAACCGUCAACUUGCAGGAAAUGAUGUUACAGAAAUCUCGUGAAGCGCUGUUUAACGCCUUGGUAGGUGUCAGAGGAGGUAAUUCCAAAUCAAUCGCUCAUGCUAUUGUAACACCUUCGAACCCCUACCCUAAAAUGUUAAUCAUCCAUGGUCAUCUGUUCGAUACGAUCGGAAUGUCCAUUCGUUAUACCACUUCAGCCAAAGAUCAAUCAAAAGGUAAAAGCAAAGGAUAUUCACAGACUGAACUUUUACCUGAAGAAGCACUGUAUUUGCUGGAAAGAGGUACAUUACAAAUUUGGAUGUCGAAAGAUCUGUCCGACGAAGAGAAAGAAAAUGGAUGGGGUGAAUGGUCGGAAGAAGAGUAUGGUGUCAAAGGUGCGAUCGAGAUGAGUGUCAUGGACGGGUUUGGGACGUUUAUAGGUAGAGAUGGGCUAAGCUGGGAGAGAUAUCAGGCAUACGCAUAUCUGAAAAGACUAGGUUACACCGUCCAGCGAACCCGUCAAUUCAUACCUGAUCAUUUCCUCUUCGACCCCUCUCCCUUUCCCACCUCAUCGAAAGAAUCUAGUGUCGAUUCCAACGAGUUACAUCCAGGCAUGCAACCCUUCCAUACGUGGUGGCUGAAUAUACCUAGGUGGAUAACAGGGCUAUUUGGACUCAUAGGUAGAAGCGUAAGGAAUGUUAUAGGUAGAAUAAGCGCAGUAGGGUUGUUUGGCGAUAAUAGAUUCAAGGGGACUUUGUUGGAAGGUUGGAAUGGUAACAGUUACAAAUCAAUAUUCCAACAUCUUCGAAUAAUACCUCAAGGUCACUCUCAACCACUUCCGAUCCGUGCUUCACCUCCUUUCAACUCGCUCAAAUCGAAAUACGAUAUACUCCAACACAAUCCUUAUCUACCUUUUUAUCAUAUCUGGAAACCCUCUGCACCAUUUACAAAGCGGGGUUGGGAUAAAGGUAGUGAACAGGGAUUGAAGGAUUAUCCACCUACCUAUUGGGCAGGUGUGGUAGAAUCAAGAACCACACCUAUACCUACCAUCCAACAACUCGAUGAGAUUUUCCAAAUGGUCCCUGACGAACCUAAAGGUCCAGUUAAGAAAGUCGGUCCUCAGUAUAUAAAACCACCAAGACCACCUAGACCGACUAACACCAACGAUAACAAAAAGCCCAAUACCUCCAGUUCAACAGAUAGUUAUCUUCAUUCGAUUUUGAAAUCGAUGGGACUGGGUAAGAAGGAAGAUGAGAAACCUCCGUUUGUGAAUAUACCUGCUAUACGUAAUGGAGAUAGGGCAUUUAUAGUUGCUCUGAACGAUAGUGGUAAUACAGGUUGGGUGAGGUUCGGUAGAUCAGGUUUCGCAGAGUUUGCUCCGGUAUAA